AUGGAUCAGAAGGGCCGCGGCCGCGGCCGGGGCGGCGGCGGGGGCGGAGCCGGAGGCCGCGGGGGCGGGGACAACACCCGCACCGAUCUCCUCGCUGCCGGGCGCAAGAAGCUGCAGCAGUUCAGGAAGAAGAAGGAGAAGAAGGGCCCCGGGAAGAAGUCAGAACCCGACGCGGACGAGGGCGCGUCGUCGGCAGCGGGCGCCAACGGCGAGGAACCCGCGCCGGAGCCCAAGUCUCCGGUCGGGCUGAAGUUCCUAGCCGGGGAGGCGCCAUUCGAGGAAGCAGCAAGGGUGCAGGAGGAGCAAUGCAAUGGCCAGGGGCCUGCUACCGUGGCAGAGAAUGCUGAUGUCGUGCCUGUGCUGGAGGACGCUGGUAGCGGUAGUGUGGAGAACACCAGUAGUGUUAGUGAGCAGGGGAACCCGGAGCAUGGAGGCCCUGGACCAGGAGAUGGCCAAGAUUCAGCAGUUCAGGCCACCAGUUCGGAUUCUGGUGCUGAUCCUGUAGGAGCUCAGCCGGGGGAUGUGGACGGUGAGGAGCUUCCAGAUUCCGUUUCGAAGGAAAGCACCGAACCACAUGUUUCUUCUCAAGGUGACGGAGCCGAGGAUGCUAGCAACCAAAUAGGGGAGCACCAGGAGGUGCAGGUGGAUUCUGUUGAGACGGCAAAUAGUUCUGAUUUCGAAGAAAUUGGAGAGGUGCCAAUUCCUUCUCAAGACUCGGGAGCUGGUAAUGCUAAUAUUGAUGAAGGGGCUCGAGAAAUGGAGGUGGGUGUUUCUGGGAGGCCAUCGGAUGGCAGCAUACAAGAAGAUGCCAGACCCACUGUUUCUGCUGAAGUAGGCGUGGAGGCUGGGCAUGAAGAAGCGUUGGCCCUUGUGGCUUCGCGUGAGAUUCCUGGAAGAGGAGACACUGAUGGGGAAGCUGAUGGAAUGGCCAAAGAUGCUGUUCAAGAAGAUGUAGGCACAAGUAAAACAAAUGCAGUAGAGGAAGCUGUCACUGCAGAAUUGGAAAAAGAUUUAUCAGUUGAACAGGUUGAUCCAAUAUUAUUUGCUGAUGCUGUAUCUCAAGACUUCAUGCCAUAUCACCAUGAGUAUAUUCAGAGUUAUCUGUACACGACAACUAUUUCAAGGGAUUUUCUUCGGUUGCAUCUAGAUGAGGUUGCACACCUGAAUUCCGAUGAAAUUCUCAAGCUCCAGGGACUACUGAAAGAAUCUGAAGAAAGUAAAGUAGCAGUUUGUGAUGAGAUUCAGCAAUGUAGGCACAAGCUCUCUGACAUGAGUACUGUGAAGGGUGAACUUGAACUAAUUGUGGCUUCUCAGAAAGAGGAAAUCAGCACCGGCAACAGCAAAUGUGAACAGCUGGAGAUUGAGCUGCAGUCCUCCAAGGAGAACGCGCAACAAAUCCUUGGUGAAUUAGCUGAUUGCCAAUCACUGUUGGAGGCUCUACAAAAGGAGAACAUGGAACUAACCACAAACCUUGCCCUUGAGAAAGAGGCCAGAAAGGAGGUUGAGGAGCAGGGAGAACAUCUGACUGGUGAAAACAAGAAGCUUCUGUCAAAGCUGUCUGACCUUGAACUUAGCUUAGCUUCUGUGAAAGAGGUAAUGAAUGCUGGCAGUAGCAGAUGUGAGAGUUUGGAGGUUGAGCUGUGUUCCUCCAAGGAGAACAUGGAACACACAUUGACUGAGUUAGCAAACUUCAGGGCUUUAUUGGAAACGUCUCAAAAAGAUUAUUUCGAGUUAUCUGCAAAUUAUUCCAUCGAAACAGAAGAAAACAAGAAACUCAAGGAGGAUAAUGUAUGUCUACAUAACGAGAAGGAAAAGCUUUCGUCAGAUCUGUCUGAACUAAAUGACAGGCUGCACGUUUCAUAUGCCAAACAUAAGCAGCUUGAGUCGCAUGUCAGAGAUACAGAGGCACACAUGGAGCAGCUUAAAGAGCAACUAAUUGAGGAAAGCAUGCAUGCAACUAACAGUUUCAAUAUAUACCAAUCCGUAAUUAAAGAGCUGGAUGCUAAGUGCAAUGUGGUGCUAGGCCAAGCCCAGACAGUCGUGUGUCAAAAAAAUGAACACCAUCCGGACUCAUCAGAAAUCACAGUUGAAAAUGUUGAAAGAGCAGUUACAAGUCCAGUGUUUGUUAGCGAUAGCAACGAUCAGCAUUCACACCCUCUAUUCAAUGAGAAAGACUCGUGUAAAUCAGCUUCUUUGCGGUCACUGAAGGGCCAUCUAGAGGUUGCUAAAGGUGAAUUGUAUGAACUUCAAAAAUUAGUUGAGAGGGUUUCAUCUAGGUCCGAUGGACGAGUUCUCGUGUCAAAACUCAUCCAAUCCUUUGAGAUAAAAGGAAAUCAGGAAGAACCUGGAAUGUCGGAGGGGGAGCAUGAUGAUUUAAAAAAGUUAACUCAGGAGAUGAUAAGCUGCCUUGUGGAAAAGUUCAAGUUGAUGACUUCAGAUCUUACAAAGACUGAAAAGUAUGUUGCCGAACUGUGCGACAGAAUAGAGCUUUCCAGCAAGUCUGAGGUGGAGCAGGAAGCAGAAAGGCAACGUACUGCAGCUUUUGAACUCAAAAUGGAUGGGCUUGCUGAGAAGCUAAGCAACUACAAGAACACAAUUGAUCAACUGGACAUUCAGCUUGCUAACGUACAACAAGAUGCAGAUAAUCGUGCUGGAAAGCUCACUGAUCAGGCAGAACUUUUGCAUAACGACGUGACAGAAAGGAUUUCCAUUCUUGAGAAGGAAAGGGCAUCUCUGUCAGAUUUGCUCAGUGAAGUUACCAAUAAGCUCAGCUGUUUGAGAGGUACUUCCCCUAAUGAUUUGGGUGAAAGUGAAGAUCUCAGCUUUUGUAUAUUGAACUCCGUGGAUCUUGCUGCUAAAUCGAUCCAAAGUCUUCAGGACAAAUUAGAGGCUGGUCAAACGGAUAAUGCUAAGCUCAAUACUUCACUGUCGGAGAUCAUGAAAGCACAUUCUGAUGUUGAAGAGAGAAAUGAACAUGCGUGUAGGAUGGUUAAGAGCAUGUAUGGUUCCUUGCAGGAAUUUCUAUGUGGCUCGCUGGGAUAUUCGGACGAAGCAGGCACAGGGUAUAAUACUGAGGAGCCAAUUGAAGCUUUACUUAGUCAUCUCGGAGGAACUAUUGAGCAUUUGAAGAAUCUAUUGCACGAUCAUCAUUCUUUGCAAUCAGACAAUGUUAACCUUGAGUCAAGAUUGUUGAGCAAAUGUGAAGAACUAGAAGAGCUCAGCUUGAGAUGCAGUUCUUUAAUGGAAAAUAUGAAUGACAUCUGCUUGCAGAAUGAGGAGCUUAAAUUAGUUUCUUCAAGUAAAAGUGCGGCGCUGGAUGAACUGCAUGGUAGAUGCCUUUCUAUUGCUGAAAAAAUGGUUCACCACUCUGCAAUUCCUACCUCAGUAGUUCUUCUUUCGGUAUCUAGUAGUGAAGCUGAAACGAUGAGCAAGGAGCAUCAUAUUCUUAACACACUACUGCCAUGUAUUGAGGAGGGUGUGGCUUCAUACAAUGAGAAACUUGAAAAUGCAGUUGAAGAAACACACUUAUCAAAGAUAUGCUUGCAAAAUGCGCAUAUUUUUGACCAAAUUUCAGUUGAUAUGUGGUCUUUGCCCUUGCCUGUGUUGAUCGAAGAAGAAAUUUUGCCCAAGGUUUGUGACUUGCAGGCCAAAAUUGACCAGCUGAGUGCAUUGAACAUUCAGUUAGAAACUGAAGCUCCAGUCCUCAGGGAUGGCUUGAAAAAGCUUGAUGAAGCUCUUGAAAUUUCACGUUCUGAGCUUCAGAAAAGGUCUUCUGAACUUGAACAAUCAGAGCAGAAACUUUCUUCUGUCAAGGAAAAACUUGGUAUUGCUGUUGCAAAAGGCAAGGGUUUGAUAGUGCAACGCGAUGGCCUUAAGCAGUCUCUUUCAGAGAAAUCUGGUGAGCUUGAGAAGCUCUCACAAGAGCUGCAAUUGAAAGAUGCAUUAGUGAAAGAGUUGGAAGCCAAGCUCAAAUCCUACACAGAAGCUGAUCGAAUUGAAGCUUUGGAGUCGGAACUCUCAUACAUACGGAACUCAGCUACUGCUUUAAGGGACUCAUUUAUUCUAAAAGACUCUGUUCUUCAGAGAAUUGAAGAAGUCUUAGAAGAUCUAGAUUUGCCAGAUCGUUUUCAUUCUAGAGACAUAGUUGAGAAAAUAGAACUGUUGUCGAAGAUGGCUGUUGGUGCUUCUUUUACCAUGCCUGAUGGUGAUAAGAGAUCCUCUGUGGAUGGGCAUUCCGAGUCUGGUGCGGCCAUGGAUAGCAUAAGCGAUGAGCAAAUCUCAAAUUCAAAUCAAGGGUCAGAUGAAAUGAAGAACAAAUAUGACGAGUUGCAUAGGAGAUUCUAUGAACUGGCUGAGCACAACAACAUGUUGGAACAAUCUCUAGUGGAGCGGAACAGUAUUGUCCAGAAAUGGGAAGAAGUCCUGGGUCAGGUUAGCAUUCCCCCACAGUUCAGAAUGUUGGAACCAGAAGAUAGGAUAGCUUGGCUGGGAAACAGACUAUUGGAGGUCGAGCAGGAAAGAGACGCAUUACAUUUGAAGAUUGAGCACCUUGAGGAUUCCUCCGAGAUGCUAAUCACUGAUCUAGAAGAAUCACACAAAAGAAUUUCUGAACUCAGUGCAGAGGUUGUUGCUGUGAAGGCUGAAAAGGAAUUCUUCUCACAGAGCCUGGAUAAACUGAGAUUUGAGUUCCUUGGACUCUCUGAGAAAGCAGUUCAAGACGAGUUUGUCAGAGAUAAUUUGCGGAAAGAUCUAGCUGAACUGCAGGAGAAGUUAGCUGAAAAAGCAAAUGAGUGCAAGGGUUUUCAUGAUUUGGAAACAGAGAUACACAAACUACUGGAUAUGGUUCGGAACGUGCUGCAGGACGGCAGUAAUACUGAAAUUCCAUCUGGUGACAGUGGUGCUGUACUGUGCUUGGGUGAACUAUUGAGAAAAGUUCUAGACCACUAUGAGACACUAUUGUCAGAGUCAACUCUAGGCAAUUCUGCUGAGAAGGAAAUUCAUUUAGAGGAAGCCAAGCUAUCUAGCGACGCCUCUACAUCAGAGAUAGGUAGAGAUGACAAAGAGGGUGCGCUUAAUGCGCUGAGUAAUGAGUUAGAGCAUGCUCGCAGGAGUCUAACCUUAGCUGAGCAGCAGUGUGAUGAAGCAGUGGAGAAGGCACAAUCACUAACACUGGAGGUUGAGGUGCUGCAUGGUCAGAUAAACCAACUGCAGGAAGUUGGUGCUGAGCAGACCCAAAAAUACCAGUCGCUUGUGCUUGAACUGGAAUCAGUGGGUAAGCAACGAGAUGAUCUGCAAGAGAAGUUAAAUCAGAGUAAUGAGUUAGAGCAUGCUCGCAGUAGUCUGGUCUUAGCUGAACAGCAGCGUGAUGAAGCUGUGGAGAAGUCACACUCACUAAGACUGGAAGUGGAGACGGCACAUGCUCAAAUAAACCGGCUGCAGGAAGGUGGUGCUGAGCAGAGUAAAAAGUAUGAAUCGCUUGUGCUUGAACUAGAAUUAGCUGGUAAGCAGCGGGAUGAUCUUCAAGAGAAGUUAAAUCAGGAGGAGCAAAAGUGUGCUUCACUGAGAGAGAAAUUGAAUGUUGCCGUUAGAAAAGGGAAGGGCCUGGUGCAGCAGAGAGAUAGCUUGAAGAAAACUAUAGAAGAGAUGAAUGCUCUGAUAGAGAAUCUUAAAAAUGAAAGGAAACAACACAUCGAGUCACUCGAAUCCGAGAAAUCGUUCUUGAUGGGUCGAUUAUCAGAGAAUGAGAAGAGCUUGCAUGACACGACGCAAUACUUGAGUACGUUAUUAAAUGCUUUGAGUAUGGUGGACAUUGCUCGAGAAUUUGAUACAGAUCCAAUCACCAAGAUUGGAAAAGUUGCACAGCUUUACCUUGACCUACAGGCAACAGCGACUUCAUCACAAAAUGAAGUGAAGAAAUCGAAACGAGCAACGGAACUGCUUCUAGCCGAGUUGAAUGAAGCUCAUGAAAGGGCUGAUAACCUGCAGGAGGAAUUGGUGAUGGCAGAAGCUGCACUUUCUGAAUCCUCUAAACAGAACAAUGUUCUAGAGUCUGCAAGAGCGGAUGCUGUUCGCCACCUGGAACAUAUUACUUAUAUGCAGGCACAGGCAGCAAGGAAGCAAAUAGAUCAUUUGAAGGAGUUGAACUCUACCAGUGGUCAACUAAGAGAAGUCUGCUUUGAACUUUCACAACGCCUUGUCAGUGCAUUCAGUAAAGAUGUGGACCUUAUCUGCUAUAUGGAGAGCUUCAUGAAAUCUUAUGGUAAAUGGAUGGACGGCACAAAUAUGGUUGACAUACCCAUCACUUCUAACCGUCUGUUGUCUACCAGCAUAAACAGCAAGAAAGCUCUUAUCCCCAAUACCCCGUUGGAAUUCACAGUGGAUGAUAGUGAUGGAAGUCAGACCUUACAUCAUCUUGCUAUUGCAUGCCAUGCUGUAUCUGAUUGUGUAAAGGAUUGCAAUGAUCUCAAAAGGAACAUUGACGAGCAUGGUUUUUCAAUUGAUCAGAAAGCAACAGAGCUAUCUGGCAUUAUGUCCAACUUGCAGAGCAGGUUCACUUCUCAAAACAAUGAGUUGGAAUCUUUGAAAGAAAACAUUGUUGAACUACAAUCAGAGAUCAAAGAGAAAGAAGAGGAGAAUUUAUCUAUGCGUAGAAAUAUGAGUUUGCUUUAUGAAGCAUGUACUAAUUCAGUUUCUGAGAUUGAAGGAAUGACUGGUAUGGGGUCUGGUAACCGGAGCUAUUCUGUUGGGCAAAACCAUCUAUCUUCAGAUGACCAUAUAAAAUCAGUUGUUGAGCAGCUAGGUGCGGCAGUAAAGACUACUCGGUAUAGUAAUGAAGGGAACACAAAGGAACUAAAGGCUACUGUUCUUGAGUUGCAGCAGGAGCUUCAAGGGAAAGAUGUGCAAAUUAGCACAAUCAGUUCGGAGCUUGCAUCUCAGAUAAGGGAAGCCGAAUCAUACGCAAAACAGCUUUCUGUUGAGCUUGAAGAUGCAAGAAUGGAAAUACACAAUUUGGAGAAACAUGUUGAGGUGUUGCUUAAUCAGAAGAAAGCUUUAGAGACUCAAGUAAGCGAUCUUAAAGAUCUGGAGACAGUGGCAAGCGAGCAGCAUGGAAGAAUAAAGGAGCUGACUGAUGAACUGAGCAGAAAAGAUCAAGAGAUCGAAGGUUUGAUGCAAGCACUCGACGAAGAAGAAAAGGAGCUUGAAAUCUUGGAGAACAAAAGCAAUGGCUUAGAGCAGAUGCUGCAAGAAAAGGAAUUUGCUUUAAAGAGCCUUGAAGUUUCUAGGACAAAAGCUCUGACUAAACUUGCAACAACUGUUGACAAGUUUGAUGAGUUGCAUAGCUUGUCUGAAAGUCUUCUUGCAGAAGUGGAAAGCCUUCAGUCACAGUUGCAAGAGAAAGAUUCAGAGAUCUCGUUUCUGCGCCAAGAAGUCACAAGGAGUACUAAUGAACUACUAACCACUGAAGAUAGCAACAAGCUGUACUCAUCUAAGAUAAAUGAUUUUGUUAAGUGGUUGGAAACUGCACUAUUGCAAUUUGGUGUGCAUUGUGAGUUCACAGAUGAUCAUGAUGGCACUCAGGUUCUUGUAUAUAUGGAUAUGUUGGACAAGAAAAUAGGAUCUCUGAUAUCUGAAUCAGAUGAUUUGAGGAUUGCUGUCCAAAGCAAAGAUUCUUCACUACAGAUCGAGAGGACCAAAAUGGAAGAGUUGUCACGUAAAUCAGAGGCUCUAGAAGCUUCUUUGAGCCAAAAGGAUUCUCAGAUAGGGUUGCUUCGUCGAGACAGGAUAUCGGGCCAACCUAGCAGAUCUCUGAACUUACCAGGCACUUCAGAGAUUGAACAAAUGAAUGACAAAGUAAGCCCAACUGCAGUUGGCACUCAGAUUCGAGGGGCACGAAAAGUCAACAACGAGCAAGUUGCUAUUGAUAUAGAGAUGCACAAGGACAAACCAUUGGAUGAUGAAGAUGACGAUAAAGCACAUGGUUUCAAGUCACUUACGAUGUCUCGCAUUGUUCCGAAGUUCACUCGACCUAUAUCGGACAGAGUUGAUGGGAUGUGGGUAUCUGGUGAUAGAUUGCUCAUGAGACAACCAACCUUGAGACUUGGCGUUUUGUUAUACUGGAUUGCAUUGCAUGCGUUGCUUGCGAGUUUUAUUUGAAGGUUAUAUUUAAAGCUGUAGUUUUGAUCGAUCUCCUUGGCGAGCUACUGUACAGUACCAUGUCUAUAGCAAGCUAUGCAAAGCAAGCAGUCUAUUCAAAUGUUGUCGAUUCCUUUGAAAAUUGGCACCAAAUAGUUGUACCGAAUUGGCAGCUGUGGUUCUCACCCUCUCUUCCGCGCGGAUUGAUACUGCCUGCCCCAGUUGGGUCCGAUCUCAUUUAACAGCACCGAGGGAACAGAACUGAGCUGUAGUAGCAGUAGCAGCAGCAGCAAAGAUCCCCUGUACAUACUCAUUUUUUGUUUGCUCUAUUCUUUGCUUUUAGAAAAGAUUGAGAGCAUCUUACAUGCUAGGGUCUACACUAUACAUCACAGGUUUACAGAAGAAUGGUUGACAUGUACCAGUAGUAGUUUUGGAAGCUAGGGUAUUGGGAUGGUCACAACAUUUUUUUACCCUCUUAAAAGUUGGCCCCGUGUAUUCUUAAAUUCUUUUUGUAUACACAUGUGACAGUGCAGCACAGUAACUGUUUCAUUACUGCCACAA